UCAAAACUUUUGCACGUUGCGCAGAAACACGAAGAAGAAGAAGGAGAAAUGCGGCGGUUGAAAAAUUCAACAGCGGCAGCAUCAACGGUGGAUACGAUAAGCAGUUUACCGGACGCGAUUCUGUGCCAUAUUCUCUAUUUCCUCACCACCAAAGAAGCAGUUGCAACAAGCAUUUUAUCCAAAAGAUGGAUUCAUCUCUGGCACCAUGUUCACAAUCUCAACUUCCCUGACAUCAAAGUUGAAACCGUUAGAUCCAGUGUUCUUUUCAACGAGUUUGUAUACUCCGUUUUACUCUCUCGAGAAAUAAUCGCCGGUUACAAUGUCAUGAACAGUUUCACUCUCGACAUUCGAUACGAUAACCCUCAUCUUGCUUUUGAUUUAGGGUUUCCCAAUAUCAGGAAAUGGAUCAAUGUUGCUGUUCAACGCAAACUCGAGCAUCUUUGUAUUCGUUUAGAUGUUGAUAAUCUUGAUGAUAAUGGUCUUGAUUAUGAUGCUGAUUACCCUAACUUGCCUGUUAGCAUUUUCACCUGUAGAACACUUGUAAGUCUCGACCUCUGUUGGUUCCGUGUCAAGGGUUUCUCGUUUUCUGGAUUUCAAUUUCCCUCACUCAAAACCCUUAACUUGAAAUGGGUUAACUUUUCUAAAGUUCGAGAUUUUAUGUUGUUUAUAGCUGGAUGUCCAAUUCUUGAGGAUCUACACAUAUCUCAAAUGGAUUUCUUUCUUGAGAAAGAUUCUCUUACCCUUCAACUUCAAGAAUUUAAGAGAUUAAGUUUACCCAAAUUGAAAAGAGCAGAAUUUGUUCAAUUUGGUUGUCAAUGUUUUCCGGUGAAUGCACUUUCUACCGUCGAGUAUCUGUGCAUAAAUACAUUGAAGGUUAAUCAGCUGCAGCGCCCUUAUGAUGUCGUUACUAUCUUUCAUAAUUUGACUGACUUGCUGCUCCAUUACCACAAUAGAUGGGAUUUGGUGCUCCAUCAAUGUCCUAAGCUUCAAAAUCUCCAACUUAGUAAGGGUUUAUGCGACCCAAUGUGGUGUGAAAAAGGUCAAGAAAAUUGGGUGGAACCAGAAUUUGUUCCGCAGUGCCUUUUAUCAUCCCUUAGAAGUUGUACUAUUCACGACUUUUCUGACCUACAAAGUGAGCUUAUGUUGGAGCAAUAUAUUUUGAAGAAUGCAAUAAUUUUACAAACCAUGACAAUCUGGUGCAAGACUGAGCAGCCUGAAAUGGAGAGUAAACUAUCCAUAUGCCCGAUGGCCUCCGAAACAUGUGAACUUUCACUUUGUUGCUAACAUAUAGAUCGUGCCAUAUUCAUAAUUUUAUAGUAAGAAGCAUUUCUGGGUUUUGCUAUUUGGCUCUUAUCACUCAAGGUAGUAUAACACUAUGAAGGAGUCAUUCCCAGCCAUAUUCUCUCUAUCGAGGCAGAAGAAUUCUACGGUAUCUGAACUUAGAUGCAUUGUGGAUAUGGAUUGGGUGCAAUCAACACCAUGACUGCAUGCAGACAAUGAGGUUGAGACUGUUCAAAUUUUAGGGUCUGAUUUUUUUGCCGGAUGGCUCCGAUCCAUUGAUUGCAGCUUGACUAUAUACACCCUAGACUGCAAUCAAUCGAUUUCCAUGCUUUGUAAAUGGGAUUGGACAGCUUUGGCGUAAGAUACAAAGUGGGGGACAACUAGACUAAAACUUUGUGAGAAUAAUGAUUGUGGUGGUGGUGGUGGUGGUAGUGCUAAACAUUGUUGUGUGUACACAACUUAAAUGUCAUUUUAUUUUAUUUCUUAAGUACAAUUCAAUUGGUAAUUGUAAGGAUAUUGAUAUGCAUGUCUGAGUUCGAAUUGAAAAUUCUUCACCUCUUUAUAUUUGUUCUUUGUUAUGGUUAUUUAUGAGAAUGCCUAGUCAACAAUGGUGUUG